AUGUCAUCGAUCGCGCCAGAUACGAGCGCUUCUCCAAUUCCGAACUGGCGAGCCAUUCCCGCUGACGCAACCGACUACCAUGAACAUUUGGCUGCUCGACCGAACUGGUCGGAUAAUCAAUAUGAAGCCUCCCUAGAACUCUACAAUAGGUUCAUGAGCUGCUCAGAUUCAUAUAUGAACUCCGAAAUCAAGGAUGCACUGAAUACGCUGGAUCACGCUUUUCGCCUGUACGGGCAACACUCAGUAAUCUGUUCAUUCAAUGGUGGGAAAGAUGCAGUAGUAAUUCUACAUUUGGUGAGAGCAGCUCAUGCGCACUAUUGCAAUGUGACAGGACAGCCUCCAAAGCGCCCAAGAGUUGUCUAUUUUGAUCACAAAGACGAGUUUCCAGAGGUGUUGUCUUUUCUUCGGGAAUCAGUCGAUCAUUACGAUUUGGAUAUGUUAGCAUUUGAAAUGGGAGUAAAGUUCUCGGAUGGGCUCAAGAUAUUAGUGGACAGAAAUAUUUUGCCAGGAUGUGAUACGCCAUUUCCAAUGGGGUUUGUUUUGGGUACUAGAAGUUCUGAUCCCAACGCCAAUGGACAAGAUCGCUUUGCACCGUCGUCUCACUGGAUGCCACCAUUCAUGCGGGUCAAUCCAGUGUUGGAAUGGACAUAUGGACAUAUAUGGCACUUCCUUAGGCUGUUUCAGUUGCCAUACUGUCAGCUUUAUGACCAAGGUUAUACAAGCUUAGGGACGACAAAAGAUACUCUGCCUUGUCCAGCUCUUGCUGUCAACACUGGAAUCGCAGGUGGUGGAACAUCGUCUGAUCUACCAAAGUUUUGGCCUGCUUACAUGCUUCGAGAUUAUUCGAUGGAACGAGCUGGCCGCGUCAAGAAGGAGAAGGAAACUUCGUCAAGAGACUCGAAAAAGACGAUACCCCGCACAGUCAGUAGCGGAGACACAACUAUUUCGGAUGUCCGGUUGUCGGAUCCACUUCCUCAGACGGAUACUGGGUCAAGUGUCACCGGUGUAGGUCAAGAUGACAGUUCUGCUUUUACGCUGAAUGAUUCCGACGGGAAUAAAGCGGUUGGGAUUUUAAUCAUCGGAGAUGAAAUUUUGAAGGGACUCACCAUCGAUCAAAACACAAACGUUGCUGCAAAAGCACUACGAAAGGAGUGUGUGACUCUAGCUAGAGUCGUUGUUGUAUCGGACGAUCAAGACGAAAUUGUGAAGGAAAUCCGAAGGCUCCAAAGCGAGGUGGAUGUCAUCAUUACGUCAGGAGGUGUUGGUCCUACCCAUGAUGAUGUGACAAUCAAAAGCGUUGCAGCAUCGCUGGGACAAGAUAUGAUUCUUCAUGCGGAAAUGGCUGACUUGCUGCGAGAAAAAAUGAACAACCCCGACGGCGAGUUAACUCCUGCACAAGAAAAGAUGGCCACACUUCCCUCCAAUGCUAAGCUACGAUACCUAUCGAACUCUGAAUCCGACUGGCCUGUUUUACAAUGCAGGAAUAUCUUCAUUCUGCCAGGAGUUCCAGAGUACUUUUCCAAGAAGAUUGAAAGCGUUGCAGCCUAUCUGUCAUCGCAGCUAGAACGUAGCACUGCCUACAGGUUGGUUCUAGGUGUUGAAGAAGCUUCAAUCGUUGAUACUUUGAAUGAAGCUGUCAUCGACCAUCCCAAUGUUUCUUUCGGCUCGUACCCUUUUGUUAGCCACCCCGAUUACAAAACCGUUGUGACGUUGGAAGGUACAUUGUACGAGACGAAUGUCGGCGAACUGAAGGAGACAAGUUUGACGAAGAGAAAUUCAGCGGUUUUUGAUAGAACAGCAGUGACAAUGUCAAAAGAAGCGCGAGACCGCAACGUGCGUUUUGCAUUGGAUGAUCUCAUUAACAAUCUUCCAGAGGAAGCCGUAUUACGUGUCGAAAACGACGACCUGACACCUCUCAACUAA